CUUGGAAUGCCAGCACCUUUUAUUAUACAUACGAGUAAUGGACAUAAGAUAUAUCAUGUGAACAAUAACACUUCACAAGAGAAGCCAGACUGGUUCAAAAAUGCUUCUGAGAAAAAGCGUAAAAGAGAACAAGUCCGACGAGGAGGAGUUGAAAUUUUACAAGACUUUGAGUUUCCUACUUUUUGUUCUAAAGUAAAGCAAUCUUUAGAUGGUAACUAUAUUGUUGCCAUUGGUGGUUAUCCUCCCCAAGUGAAGGUUUAUGAUGUUCAUCAAGUCUCUCUAAAGUUCGAACGCCAUCUGGAUUAUGAUAUGAUAGACUUUCAAAUUCUUGAGGAAGAUUGGAAAAAGCUAGUUUUUCUUUGUACAGACAGAAGAUUAGAGUUUCAUUCCCAAUAUGGCUCUUAUUAUCGUGCUCGUAUACCUAGAAAUGGAAGAGAUUUGAUGAUUGACCGACAUACGGCGGAUUUACAUAUAGUAACGAGUGGCCCAGAAGUAUAUCGAUUCAAUUUAGACCGUGGACAGUUUAUGUCUCCGUGGGAGACUUCACUAAGUGAAGGUAUUCAAGUAUGUGGAUUGAAUCCAGUUUAUUCUAUGAUGGCAUACGGAGGAGAAGAUGGUUGUUUGGAAAUUUGGGAUCCUCGUUGUCGAGAGAGAGCAGCGAAGUUGGAUAUCGCAACUUUUAUUUCAGUUUCAGACGAAUAUGCAAACAUUGGAAUAAGUAGUCUUCGUUUUGAUGAGAUGGAUGGGAUAUCUAUGGCUAUAGGUAUGGCCUCAGGACAUUGUCUCUUAUUUGAUAUUCGUUCUUCCCAACCACUUGUUGUGAAGAAUCAAGGAUAUGGAUUGCCGGUGGAAGGAAUCAAAUUUCAUUCCCAAACUCGCAAUAUUCUUUCACAUGACAAGAAAAGUAUAAAAAUAUGGCAACGUGGAAAUGGUCACAAUUUUGCUACAAUGGAAUUGAAUACGGAUAUUCAUCACACAUGUCUGAUUGGAGAUAGUGGAUUACUGUUUGCAGCUACAGAAGAUAGACCCAUACAUAGUUAUUAUAUUCCUUCAUUAGGAACUGCACCAAAGUGGUGUUCUUUCUUGGAUAAUCUUACGGAAGAAUUGGAAGAAAAACAACAAAAUGUGGUUUAUGAAAAUUAUCAAUUUGUGACACGCAACGAGAAUAUGAAGAAUAUCGAAAACAAAAAUUGCCAAGAAAAACUUGAUGAAACAUAUAGUUCCAGUAGAAUUGCCAAAAGACCUAAAUAUCCAAAAGUCAACAAGGAGACGUGGAAGCAACAACCUAAUUCUUCUAUUCUACAAGAUUCCCGAUUUCAAGCUAUGUUUGAGAAUCCUGAUUUUGAAAUUCAACAAGAUAAUGAAAGAUAUCGACAGAUACAUUCAUCAAAAUCCCACAAAACGACUAGGAAACCGAAUCCUUUGCAUUCUCCGAAAAAUAACGAUAUUAUUCAUGAUGCCAAUGAGGAUCAUUUGGUUACCAAAAAGGAACAGCAAUAUACGAAAGAAGAACAAAGGUUACCAUUAUUGGCUCGAUUAAGUAAAGGCCUUAUUUCAUAACAUAUCAUUUGGAGAUGAUAGUGUCGAAUAUUUAUAAUGAUGUAUCCAAAAAUGAAUGUUGGAGAGCCAAGGAGAUGUUGACAAGAGAGAAUUUUCAUACCAUUGGAAGAGACGAAAAGCUAUACUCUUUUCUGUAUCGUCUUCUUGGGACUGAGUACUUAAAAAGUAAGUCGUUUUGUUUGAACAACUCUUUGGAAGAAUAAAACGAGGCCACAUAAAAACUAUCGUCCAUGC